AUGGGGAAGAUGAAGCAGCAGAGGGCGAUCAAACCCAAGUUCUGCUUCUGCGUCGUGGCGGACCUGGAAAAGGUGGCCAUCAAGACAAAGGCAAGUGAGCACAAAGAGAAGAUCUGUGAUUACUAUGUGUACGUAUAUCACAGCAGCAAAAUGAAAGCGCCCACUUUCCCGAAGAGUUUCCCUAGCAACAUAGAAGAAGUAAAUUACGAUGACAUUUCCAUUAGUACGUGUAAAAUAAAAGGAGAAAGCUCCAGAGACAUGUACGCAGAAGCUGUUAUCCACUCGGAGGUUCACAAACAUUUCAACAACGUACAUUUUAAAAAUAAAAUUAUCCAAAAGAUAUUAACAACAUUAAGUGAAUCAGAACAAAUUCUUAGAAGUGACGUAAGCAUAAAUGGAAACUCCUUCAAAUGUAAUGAAUUGGGAUAUGUCCCGAAGACGAAACAUUUUUUAAACCCGCAUUGUGUGGAUGGCAGCUUCCAAACUGAAGACUCCAAAUCGGUGGACGAAAGUGACAUAAAAUUUUACAACAUGUUAAGUCAAAAACAGCUCAAAAGUAAUGACCAAAAGGAGGAAGAGAAAAACGAAAUAAAAAUACACGACGAGACUAGUAAUAUGCAGAUAUUGAAUGAUAUACAGUCGGUCAGGACCACCAAACGGGGGAAGAAUGAAGAUGGUGAAGGGGGGCGCAUCCCCAGGCAGGUCAAGUCCUAUCACUACACAGUUAUUGACAGAUACCUCCACAUCAUCGUCACCUUCAACAGCAUUUCGUACGAACAGUUGGAGAUUUUGAAAAAGGGCAGGACCGUCGAGAUUUACGUGUCUAGCAGACCCGAUGACUGCAUGACUUUGAGCUUCAAGCAAAAAUUGAGCGACAAUAUCAAAGCCUACUUCAAUGAAAAGGGCCUCAAGCUGACCAUCAGUGUGGAGCUUCUAUACUGA